UUUCUUCUACGUACGCGUUUAUUUUCGUUUAUUUAUUUGUUCGAUGAAUACUUGCAUAAAUUCGUUCAGUUGUACAGUGUAGGAGUCACAGAUUGCACCAGAUAUUGAUUUUCACAGGUUAUUGUUUGUCAUCAGUAGAAUCAAUCCGCAAAAAUUGAAUUCGUCUUGAAACUGAAUAUCGAGUCUACUCGUUUUUUAUGCUUCAACACUGUUAUGUAUUUAUUUAAUUGAAUAUUCUUUUUUCCAGAUUAAAGAAGAGAUUUUUAACAACAAACAAACCAAUAUCUUAGGAUUGGAUGUUUGCAAUUUGUUAAGCAAAGUAAUCCACUUUCGAUGGUUACCGGAUGGAAGUGAGCAAAAUCGACGAACGCGAUACAGGGAAUAAUAUUAGAAUUAGAAACGGGCCUGCGCACGAGUUCUAUGAAACUGAAAAUUAUAGAGGUUUUAAUCGUGAAAGGCAUCGAAGAGGUAAUAGUGUUCGGACGUGAGUGAGCGAGCGAGCGAGGGUGGUACCGAGAAGGUCAAGAAAGGGGUAAAAAUCGGUGAGGAGGAAUCACGGCUGGAUGCACUCCCUCUCCCUGCUGCGUUCACGCACUUUUACCGUCGGACCUUUUUUUUCAAUGAGGGGAACUACCAACGUCCUCGCCGACCACGACGACCUGUUGAUUCCAGUCGUGUCAGGAGAAUCACCAAGGAUGAUCAGAUUUCCUUUAACCGUUGCGAUCCUCGUAAUGACGAGUACGCUCGCUGAAUUCGCUAGCAUUCGCAAUAACGAGUGGAGUUCGUUAAAUUUGCAAUUUCUCGAAAGACGAGCUCGAGCUACAGAUCCAGCUGACGCCAUAAUCAUUGAAUUACUGCGAAAGAUAUCGAGCGGUCAGUCCGAUCCAAGAGACGACGAAGAACUAGUCGAACGUAUAAAAGAAGUGAUAAUAACAACAGCCACGAGAAUUAAAACAUCUUCCGGAUCGAUCGAAGGUGCAGCACGAAGAGCUCAAUAUUUAGUUUCCGAAUUGACCUCGGCUUACACCGGUGCAAUUUACAGAUCUAAAAGCAUUGACGAGGCACGACGAAACUUUGCCAGAUUUCAAUAUACCGUGCAACGUAUCGUUGAUUUUACCAAAAGUGGACGUUUCGUCGUCGCUUGAAAUCGUAUAAUCUACAAACAAAAAAAACAAAAAACAAACAAAAAAGCAACGAAUAAAAAAUGAUUAUUUUGUAAGCUUCCGUAUGUUGGAAAGUUUGGACCUACCCUGUAGAUAAAAUACGCUUGUAAAAUCGUAAAACAACGUUAGAAUAAAGAAGGAAAGAAAAAAAAACAGUGUAGGUAUUCUUUGUACGUAUUAUAACGCGAAAUGUG